AUGUCGAUCUUGGACGACAUUUUGGGAUCGAUGGAUCGGAUGGCGGAAGGGGAGGCCGAGGAUGAUAAGCGCAAGCAGAUGGCAGAAGAGCUUCGCCGGAGGCGGCAGCUUGCUGCCAAUCAAUCAUCAUCUUCGACUUCGUCUUCACGAUCCACAGCCACAAGGCGAACCACCACCGCCUCAUCUUCUUCUUCUUCGUCGAUCACGGCCAGCAGCUUUGCAUCUUCGAAUCCAUUCGACCUUCUGGAGAUUGAAGAUCAGGAAGAGAAGGAAGGCACUGGCGAGGAUGAAGGCGGCGAUGCCGCCGCGAGGAAGAAGCGAAAGCGAAACCGGAGCAAGGGCCAAGCUGGCGACCAGUCCCUCUCCGGCAACGUGGUCAUCGUCAAGCGCAAGCGCAAGGGCGGCAAGGAGGCCGCUGCCCUCGCCUCCACGCUCGCCCUCAUCCCUCCCCUCAAACUGGAGGAGGGCACAAUGCCGCCCAACGUGUUCAUCGUCUCGCAGAUCGAGGAGUGCAGGGAGAUGGUGGCGGAGCUGACCAAGCUUGAGGUGAUCGCGGUGGACUGCGAGGGUGUGAACCUGUCGCGCGAGGGCGAGCUCUGCCUGGUGCAGAUCGGCACUGAGAGCAAGGUGUACCUGGUGGACGUGCUCGAGCACGGGCGCGCGCUCUUCGAGGAGGGCGGCCUUCGCGCGCUGCUCGAGUCCACCAAGGUGCGCAAGGUCCUCCACGACUGCCGAGGCGACAGUGACGCGAUGUACCAUCAGUACGGUGUGGCGCUGCAGAACGUGUUUGAUACACAGAUCGCCUACGCCGUAAUCAAGCGACAGAUGGGCCAAGGGACGCCGCUGCCGGUGGGACUGAACACUGUUCUGCGCGCCUACGCGACGCCCAUCCUGGAGACCAAGGCGGCGCAGGAGCAGGAGAAGGAGCGGGCCGAGCGGAAGAAGCAACAGCAGGCCUCCGGCGACAAAUCGGCGGCCGACGCGCCGUUCGCGCUGGAUCUGGUGCGGCGCAUCGACGCCAUCAACUCGUUCAAGAAGGAGGAGCGGCUCAAGAUGGUGGAAGACCCCACCUACUGGAAGACCAGACCGCUCACCUCGAGCAUGGUGGGCUACGCGAGCGAGGAUGUGAUGUUCCUCUGCCUGGUGUACAAACAGAUGCACGGCUUCCUCAACGCGCACAACCGCAAGAUCGCCUUCGAGUACUCGGCCAAAUACGUCGCCCAAGUGCGCGACCUGGAGUCGCUGAGCGACCGACCGCAGUACGACGGGGUGCCCAAGUAUGGCUUCUCGUCGUGGGACAGCGAAACCUCCCGCUCGCUCUCCCUCUCCAAUGCACGCCGAGAACGCCGCGGCGGCCGCGGCGGACAGUUCCUGCUGGUCGAGGAUCGUGGGCGGCGCGGCGCUGCUUCCGCCGCCAAGCGAGCGGCCCACGAACCAGAGCAGGACGAGGAGGAGGAAGGCCAGGCCGAUGAUCGGGCCGAUGUUGAAGAUGUAGAGGUUGAGGCCCUCGAGCUGGAUGACGGCCCGCUGGCGCUGGAUGACUUCGGCCUCGAGCGGCGGGAUGCCUCGCGCGCUCGCAUCAGCAGCCCGUCCUCCGCCAUCAACAGGUAG